AUGUGCCGAUACGAUCAGUUUCGCGAGAAGCUAGAGCGUGAAGGUGACAUAUGCCAGUAUGUCGAAGCUCUUGUCAAGAUGGCCGGCAGUGAGGUGCAGGGGCUUUCGAGUCUGAGAGGAGUUUGUGACUUUUGCUCCAAGCCACCGGCACCAUGGGAAGACAUUGAUUGUUGCGCCCUGCUGUCCAGCCAGCAGCUGAACCGAACUGAAGACGCAACUAGCAUCAAGCUGCUCGAGCAACGUGUGCUUCAGGUUCGAGACAUGAUUCAUGCUGCAAAUCGGACGAUCGGCAACAAUUCCAUGGCAGGAAGAGUGCUUGCGGCUGCUCGUGAGAACGCUGCCUCGAACCUGCAGAACAUCCGGGCUGUGCUGAGAAGCCAUGCUAGAGACUUACCAGCAUUUCGAACACACUCUGAUGGAGAGGUGGGACAACCACAGACGAGUCAGCUGCAGGAAUCAACCUCAUUGAGUUCAUGGUUUGGCCAGCAAUCAACCGGCCCUUCAUGGCUUGUCCGGCAACCAGAUCGCAGUCAAGAAUCCUCGCCGUUGACUUCAUGGUUUGGCGGACGUGAAGGGCCCGGACCCCAACAAACGGGGCCCAGUCAUGAGUUUGCGACAUUGGGUUCAUGGCUUGGUGGAUAUGCAGGGCCGGGACAGCGACAAACCACUCCCAGUCAAGAACCCACUCCACCGAGUUCGUGGUUUGGCCAGCAAACCAGCCCGAGUCAAGAAUCCACGCCAUGGCUUGGCGGAUCUCAGCAAACCGGUCCCAGUCGUACAUCUGCGGCAUUGAGCUCAUGGUUCGGUGAGCACGUUCCCGGUCAAGAAUUAUCCUCGCAGCAGAAGCAAAGCCUCACUGGUGACGUUGUUUCCUUUUGGAGCACCACAUUGACGACAGUCUCUACAGACAGUGACGGCGCACAUCAUGCAGAUGACGAGGGUACCUCGAGUCAGAGCAGGGUCAUACAGGGGGCCGAUGUUGCAGUUACUGCCAUGCGACGGCGGCUGCGGUGGCCAAAGCUGCGAGGUUCGUCCUCGAUGCCGUUGCUGAAGAACCAGCAACACAGUUUCUUGAAGCCACUGCAGAAGAAAGGGCUUUGCCCGCUUCGGAGGUCGAGACGGCUUUAG